UAUUAAGAAUGUAUAUUAUAAAAUCUAAAAUUAAUUGAUAGAUAAUAUAAAUAAAUUGAGUGCAGUUAAAAAAAUCUAGAGUGAACGCCGGUAAAAAUAAACCGGUAUAUUUUAUAAGAUGGCGCUUGAAUAUGACUUUAAAUUGGAACAUUAUUACUCAAUUAGCGGUAAUACGGGGUUAAUAAUUUGUGAAUCGAUGCACUUGUUUGUUUUGUGUAUACGAUAGUGAUAAUUAUUUGUAAAUAAAAUAGUUAAACAAUAGAGAGUAAUCAGGAAUUGUUAUUAUAAUCACUAAUCAGUAAUGUGGCAACAAGAUCCUUCGUAUUUGGUAAAUGUACCGCAACAAGAGCUAUUGCAACAGAUCGAUAAUAACGAUGCGCUCCAAUCGAAAAUUAAAGCUACAAUGGGCGAAUCUGAAACAGAGGAGCUGCUACACCAGCAAUAUCAACAACAACCGGUUAAAUUGGCCAUGAUGCCACCAAACAAUCUUAUUGUCAGUCAAACCAUGGGUAUGGGGCAUCAUCAUCGUAAUGCCACAAGGGAACGGACGCCGAGUUCAAGCAGUUCCCGAGCUUCGCGUAACCUGGCGGAAAAACAGCGACGUGACAAUCUAAACACCAAUAUCGCGAUGAUGGCCGCAUUAGUACCCAAUAUAGCGUCAAGCUCAAAGCGUCACGACAAAAUUUCUAUUCUCAGACUUGCCGCUGCUUAUCUGCGGUCUAAUUUUGCAAUUGGUCCUGGUGUUCGCGACUUUAUCCCGCCGGAGUACAGUGAUAUCGACCUUGAAGAAAAUUUUGUUGACGGCUUCGAUGGAACGGGAAGUUUUCUUCUAGUCGUUACAAUAACCGGCAAUAUUGUUUACAUCAGUCCACGUGUGGAAGGACCUCUUGGUUACUCACCAGUUGAAAUGAUGGGUAAAUCAAUCUUCUCAUAUGUACAUCCGGAAGAUCAUUCAGAGCUUUCAAAAGCGCUAACACCCGAUGAAUAUGUUCAGCCAGUCAAAAAAAUAGCGUAUUACAAUGAAGACUGCAGUACCAAUGAAGAAACCACAAAUACUUCUUCUAAUUCUACAGCUGUUUCUACAAUAACAAAUAAUAAUAAUAGUAAUAUUAAUCAUAAUAGUAACAGUAAUUUCAAAGAACAGCGACGUAGUUUUUAUGUUAAAAUAGCACAACGUACUAAUUCAAGAGGUGAGCAUACGCAAUUUAAAUGUUUUCACGUAUCGGGCGUAUUACGACUGGCUGAUUUUUUAAGGAAGAAAAAUAAUUCAGAAAAUUCACCAGCAGUAGCAGCAACAAGUAAUGAUAUUAUAUUUACUGGUAUUGCUAAAGUGAUCCACAAGCGUAUCACUGAGUUAUCAUUGUACGAAGCUAACAAGCAAGAAUACAUAACUAGGCACCUAGUGGAUGGCCGAAUUGUAUUCAGUGAUCACAGAAUAGCUCUUGUAGCUGGGUAUAUGUCUGAGGAAGUAUCUGGUGUCAAUGCUUUCCGAUUUAUGCACAAGGACGAUGUAAUGUGGGCAAUUACAGCAUUAAGACAAAUGUACGAUCGCCGUGAAGGUUUUGGCACCUCGUGCUACCGUUUGCUCUCAAAGAGCGGUAAAUUUAUUUAUUUACGUACCCACGGUUGGCUAGAGUUCGACAACAAAACCGGUACAUUCGAGUCAUUCAUCUGCGUCAACACUCUGGUAGAAAAAGACGAAGGGGAGAAUUUAAUAAAAGAACUGCGCAAUCGUUUCUCAGCCACAGUAACGCAAAUCAGCGCAACAUCAGCCGGAACCUUAACAGUAGCAUCAUCUUCAUCAGCUUCAGCAUUGUCGCCUUCUCUUUCUUCCUCAUCUUCAACAACCUCAUCAUCAUCUUCCCACUUCUCGCCUUGUUCGCCUCCAAAAUUUGGCCUGUCGCCAGAAUUAUCAUCUUCAUCAGCAGUAACGACAGCAGCGCCAACAGCAGUAGUUCCAACAUCCACCACAUCAUCAUCUUCUUUGUCUACAGCAACGCCAUCUACUCCAGCGUCAGUUGGGACGCUAACAAAAUCGCCUUCACAAUCGGAACAAAAUGUCGAGGAUCCAACCCAGCUUGAAGAUGCUAUUUAUCAAUUAAUUAGCACGCUUAAAUCUCCAACAACAGCUUCAAAUUUAUCACCACCUACUUCUGAUAUCGAGUGUAACCUCGAAAUUGCCGAAACAACCUCGAUUUCUUCAGCUAUGACGUCAGUGAUGCCAACGCCAUCUAGCGGAGCUAGUAGUAAUUUGUUUAAAUUAUCUUCAGCGGAUAAUAAUAUUUCUAAGGUGGAAAAUAAUAAAUUUGAAGAUGAUUCGAGUCAUAAAAAUAAACGGAUUAAAACAGAAUUAUCAAAUUCAAUUGAUUCAUCAUUAAAUCAAUUAAAUGGUUAUGAUGUUAAUAAUCGUAAAAAAAAACUAAACUGUCAUAAUUCGACAAAAUUAUUAAAUAACAGUGAAAAAAAAUUAACUGAU